AUGAGGUCACAAAAAUAUACAGAAAGUGAUCAUAAUGAAGAACAAAGGAAGAUCAACUUGGAUACAAUUCUUAUUGAAGAUAUUGGACAGUUCGGGAUGUACCAGUUUCGAAUAUUAGUGUUGACUUGUAUAAUGGUGAUAUUCAUCGCAUUCUCUGCUAUGGAAUUCAUAUUUUCUACGGCCAGAAUUAAUACAAGAUGCCUUAUUCCGGAGUGUGAAGGUACGGAAGCUGCGGAUUUUUCACCAGCGUGGAUUGCGAAUGCUAUUCCGACAAGUGACAGUUCUAACGCCAGCUGCCUCCGCUAUGCAUCCACCAAUGCUACUGCGAGGAUCUCCACGUGCCCCGCCGAGUGGUUCAAUCGCGAAGUGACGAUUAGUUGUUCCGACCACGUUUAUGAGAACACCGACACUCUUGUUUAUCACUUUGGAUUAGCAUGCGACGAGUGGCGUCGAACCAUUAUCGGCUCAGUUCUAACUGUAGGAGGUUUCAUUUCGCUGCCUACUACCGGUUUUAUCUCCGACCACUGGGGCCGACGCUUCGCCCUAAGCUGGAAUGCUGUGAACAUCGCGUGGAUUGGCAUCGUGCGCUACUGGGUCAAUAACUACUACGGAUUCCUUGCUGUUGAACUUGUUAAGGCUGCUCUUGGCGCAGGUGGCUUCUCUUGCGCUUAUAUUUUAGUUAUGGAAUUAGUAGGCCCGAAAUACCGAGUGCCUGCAGGGGCGACCAUCAAUACCACCUUCUCAAUUGGACAGGUAUUAUUAGGCCUCAUCGCCUGGGCAGUCCCUAAUUGGAAGAAUUUGAUCCUCACCUUGUAUGUACCACAACUAAUGUUUAUUUCAUACUUUUGGAUUAUGUCGGAAUCUGUACGCUGGUACAUGAGUAAAGGUCGUUAUGAAAAAGCAGAAGAAUUCCUAAAAAAUGUAGCCCGAGUAAACAAACGUGACUUGUCAGAGAAAUCGUUACGAGCAUUGAAAGAAAGCGCAGAAUUAGAAAAAGUACUCAAAGCAUCGGCAGGAGAGAUAAAAGCAAAAGAACUUUGGCUUAUAGUAUUAGUGUUUCGGCAUAAAGAAAUCCUUAAACGGUGUUGUGUAGCGCCUAUUUGGUGGAUAGCAAGCGCUCUCAUUUACUACGGAUUGUCCAUCAAUGCAGUCAACAUGUCCGGGAACCAGUACAUCAACUUUGUAGCAGUGGCCGCAUCAGAAAUACCUGGGUACUGGCUAGCUGUACUAUUGAUGGAUAGAGUUGGCAGAAAACCUGUACUCAUCGGCGCUUAUUGGACCUGCGCUGCCUGCCAACUGGCUUACAUUUUUAUACCUAGUAAUUUGUAUGGAGCCAGUUUAACGGUAUACCUCGUGGGCAAGCUGAGUAUAGCGGUAGUGAUGGUGGCGCUGUACAUCUAUACGUCGGAGAUAUUCCCCACCAAGUACCGUCACUGCCUCUUUGCCUUCUCCUCCAUGAUCGGCAGGAUCGGGGCGAUUGUCGCCCCGAUCACACCCGCACUAGGUGCGGCGAUUUGGCAUCACUUUCCAUCAGCGUUGUUCUGUGGGUUCGCACUGCUGGCUGGUGCGCUGGUGUUCCUUGCGCCGGAGACCCUCGGCACCAAGCUGCCUGACACCAUGGAAGAGGCUUCCGAGAUCGGCGCUAAAAAUAAUGCUCAUUGAUUGAUCUACAUUAG